UCUGUAAACUUCGCAAAUUAUAGUCGCUUUUUUAUUUUGAAUUUCACAAUGAAAUGCUCUUAUUUGGAAUUCGUUUUUCGCCCAGAAAUAUAUGCAAGUACUUUUUAUGUUUUUCUAGCUGUUACUCAUGUUCUUUGUGGAAUAGUUUCUUCCGGGUUGAAUAGUUUAGUUAUUUGGACAAUCUGGAAAGUCCCAGCGUUGCAUAAGCCUUCAAUGGUUCUGAUAGCGGGUCUAGCACUAAAGGAUCUAUGCAUGGGUAUCAUGGUAGAGCCGCUAUAUACAGCUUGGAUAAUAACGGCACACAAAGCAGAAUCGUUUGAACUAUUUUGCGCUUUGGGAGUGAUUGGAAAAGAUUUGCUUUAUUCACUUUCAACGCUCGCGGGCUUCAACAUCACUGCCAUUAGUAUUGACCGCUGUCUUGCAAUACGAACGAAAGCUAACUAUAGAAAUAUAGUGACUUUAAAACGUGUUGUGCGAUUUCUUAUAUUUUGUUGGAUUUCUUCGUUCACUAUUUGCAUUCCUCUCGCCUUUGAGAGUAAAAGAACUGCCUUCAGAGUGGUUGCUGUACUCGGAGUAAUAUUUUUCGUUGUUUCAAAAACUUCGUACAUUCUCUCCAUCUUGGCAAUAAGAAAACUUAGAAAUCAAGUGUCCCAAAAGCCAGAAGUCCACGCCGAAUCGGCAGAAAGAAAAGCAAACUUUGACAUCUCUAAGUACAGUAGGUCUUUACGAACACUUGUAAUUGUGUUUUGCUGUGAUGUAGUGUUUUAUUGCCCUCUAAUAUCGAUAGGGAUAUUCCGAAGCAUUGGCGCGAAAAUUUCAGAAAAUAACUGGGCGCUGUACUUGUCUGUGUGUGAAAUGUUAAUGUUACUGCCGUCUACUGUCAAUCCUUGUAUAUUCUUGUGGAGAAUGCAAGACCUUCGACAAGAAGCAAAGAAUAUUUUGAAAGGUUUGCUAAAAAGAGGAGAAACCUAAAGAAAAUGAACGCAGUUCGUCGACUCAUUGGCGUAAGAAUGACUUUAGUACGCAUUUGCGGAGAUUUCAUACUUUAAGGGCAAAAAUUAAUGUCGCAUUUAGUUGUAACGAAACGAUAACUUUAUUGGGUAGGGCCGGUUUUCUGAUGCAUUUUACAAAAUUAACUAUAAUAACUACAAAUACAUAUGCUUAAUUAAAUACUGAUAUAUGCGAAAUGUAAGCUAUAAAGGCUACGAAUUAAAGUGAAGUAAUUAAACAUACGAAGAAAAAUAGAGCCAAAAAGUUCAACGAAGUGAAUGACCUAUGAAGGGCCUAUUUUGGGUCAUUGGACUGAAAACUGCAAGCACACUGUUUACUAUAGAGAGUGUUAUCAGGUGUUUGCGAGAACGUUGUAUCAAGUUAAGCAUGCACCCCCACUAGUACUGUUUAACCUACUAUAAUUUGCAGAUUUUAGAAGACUAAAGUUUCAUUGUCAUUUCAAAGUUAUUAGUAACAAUACUGAUUCAUAUCAGUUUACAGCUGUUUGGAAGAGACUAGCUGUAAACUAGACCACGCCAGCUGAGUGUGUCGAAUUGAAUAACGAUGAAACUGCAUGCUUACUUUAGACCUCCUGCCCUCAUUUCCUCUUUUUGAUUAUUCAUUUGCAUUUAACAAAUAAAAUACAUUUACUGUGUUUGCACGGCUAAUGCAAACCGAGAUGUGGUUAUUGGGAGAAUUCGAGAGCAGAUCAGUGCAAACACGAGCUGCAGGUUAAAACCAAUCAAGUUUCAUACACGCCUCCAAACAUGAAAUUCAAGUUGAAAAUUUUUUAUUUCAAAGCGAGAAGAAGCCAAACUUUAGCGACUUUCUCCCUUGAAAAAGAGCCUUUUACAAGCAGAUCUAGAUAAAAUAAUAAUUCCAAAGCUUAACCAAUGGCUUUAGUCAUUCUAGACCGAAAAGAAAACACUAUUUUGAGAGCUAGAACUCGCUAAAUUCAAGCUUGAUUUCCGUCUGUGUUGUUGAAAGAGUUCGUUGAGAUUCUCCGAGUUCAGGCUGGCAAAUCUGGAUUUUUGCUUUUUUGCUGGAGGCUCGUCUGGUGGUUCUACUAUUUCAGAAGCUCUUUCAGGAAAGUCAAAGUCUAAGCUUGGAAAAUUAGCCAUAUUCUUCUAAUUUUACUGGAGUUAUGACUAUUUGUGUACAAGUACAACUUCCAAACAAAACUCAAAUUUUCCCGCCGGUGUCGACGCUCGUCACAACCGUGUUUGCACAGGGAAAUGCAAACACGGCUCUCGGCCAAUCGCAGCGCGCGUACUAUCAGAAUUAUUUUAUAAUUGUUUAUCAUUUUUUUCGGCUGACCAUAUCACUCGCCAUCUUAUCACAAUUUCUACAUGUACUUAUUGCCGGACACGUAAAACCACCAAAAAACACUUUGUAGGAGAGAAAAUAUUGGGAAAGGUGUACCCCCUGACAUACCACAGUCUGCAACCUUUGGGGUUUUAAGGUUCCUAAACAUCUUAGGGUAUAAUAAAAAAUAUAUAAUUUAUAAAUAUGUAUGCUGAAGAGAUACUGACUGACCGUAGAAUGACUCACAACGGUCUUCUAUCGUAAAUAACUAUACCCACAAUACACUACGCCUCUCCCCAGUCUUUCGCUUCGUGUCAGCAAAAUAACAGUUUUUUUCAACAUCGUUCCUGGUUUACAUAAAUUGCAUUUCUUAUUGGUUUACCGAUAAUGACGUCAGAAGUGGUGCAAAGAUUCAAGUGCCCAGAAUGAAAUCAGGAUUCUGAUUAAAACGGUUGACCGCUUAUACCGCCAUAGAGAAGAGCGCAAAGAAGUGCAUGCAGAGAUUUAUGGAAGCGCAGAACUCUAGAAAAUAAUUAGUUAGCAUUUAAAAUUUGUUAGAUAAGUUAAAAAUGUUAUUGGGCUACAAGUGUGGACUUGAAGCCUUUGCGUUACGUGAAAUCAUAUUCCAAUUACGUAAUUUCGAUUUGAUCCCAUCAUCACAUCAGUUUUUUUCUCUCUAAAGUUCGGUAUCAUAAAGUACUUUCAAAAAACGAAAUGAAAUUGAAGGGGCCGGGUUCCCGACUUUGUGUUAGAGCUAUAAGAGACAUAAUCGGUCAACGAAUUAGAAGCCUGAUAUUUCGUUUUUCUU